AACGUUCUAAAACACGAACAGAAAAAAAAAAGAAAAAAAAGCAAUGGCUGAGAAGAUCUGUGUAGCUGUGAGAGUACGACCUUCGAUCUCUGAAGAAUCUCCUUCUGGAACUUUCUGGAAAAUCGAAGAUAGUCGUAUCUCUCUUCACAAGCUCCAUGGCACUCCCAUUUCUGGCCUCUCUUACGCUUUCGAUCAUGUAUUCGAUGAAAGUUGUUCAAAUUCAAAGGUUUAUGAGCUUCUUACCAAGGAUGUUAUUCAUGCCGCUGUCGAUGGCUUUAACGGGACUGCAUUUGCGUAUGGACAAACGAGUAGUGGUAAGACCUAUACUAUGAAUGGUUCAUUGAACGAUCCAGGAAUUAUUCAUCGAGCUGUUAAUGAUGUGUUUCAGAAAAUACAGAUGAUUUCUGAUCGGGAGUUUCUCAUCCGAGUUUCUUACAUGGAAAUUUAUAAUGAAGAAAUUAACGACCUUUUCGCUGUAGAGAAUCAGAAAUUGCCGAUUCAUGAGAGUUUGGAGCGAGGGAUAUUCGUUGCGGGUCUCAGAGAAGAAAUUGUGAACAAUGCUGAACAAGUGAUAAAGCUCCUAGAGUCAGGAGAAGUUAAUAGGCAUUUUGGUGAGACAAAUAUGAAUGCACGAAGUAGUAGGUCUCAUACAAUAUUCAGAAUGGUGAUAGAAAGCAAGGGAAUUGAUACAGGCUCCGGUGAUUAUUCGAGCAGCGAUGCCAUACGCGUGUCGAUUUUGAAUUUGGUAGAUUUGGCUGGUUCUGAGCGAAUUGCUAAAACUGGAGCUGGUGGAGUACGUUUGAAGGAAGGAAAGUAUAUUAACAAGAGCUUAAUGGUUCUUGGUAAUGUAAUUAAUAAACUUAGUAAUGGUGCAAAACAAAGGGCACAUAUUCCUUAUCGUGAUAGUAAAUUAACCCGCAUACUCCAAACUGCUCUAGGUGGAAAUGCAAAAACUUCAAUUAUAUGUACUGUAGCACCAGAAGAGGUUCACGUUGAGGAAACUAAGGGAACUCUCCAGUUUGCUAGCAGAGCUAAGCGCAUUACUAAUUGCGCUCAAGUGAAUGAGAUAUUGACAGAUGCAGCCUUACUGAAAAGGCAACAGUUAGAGAUAGAGGACCUGCGCAGGAAGCUUCAGGGGUCUCGUUCUGAAGUACUGGAACAAGAGAUAUUAAAGCUGAGGAACGACAUGCUUAAGUAUGAACUAGAACGUGAGAAACUGGAGAUGGAACUGGAAGAGGAAAGAAGAUCACACAAGGAGCGCGAACAGCGUAUUAGAGACCAACAGCUGAAGAUCGAAAAUCUAAGUAGUCUAGUUUCAGAUGGUGAUAGAAGUUCUAGUCAGGAUUCCAUGAAAGAAAGCCCGAAAGACGAAUGCAAUGACUUUAAAACCCCUUGUUUUAAGGAGACUAGCAACAACGCCUUUGUUGCCAAGCGAUCAAAUUAUUCAGAGUUACCGGAUUUCAGUCCUCUUCCAGAUUCUUUUAGCAAUGUAGCUGAUGAAGACACUUGGUUCAAAAUGAAUAAAGGCUACAUUGCAGACCUUGAUUCACUCCAAACGACACCCGCAAGAAAAGUUCAAUCAUUUCCACCCCAAGAUAUAACUCCUGAUUGCUCAAAUGAUAACUACAAACUAGAACUCCAAAAUCUCAAGACACAGCUAGAACUUGUCAUCAAAGAGAAAGUUGAACUCCAGAGAAAACAUGAAGAAGAAGUACAAAUAAACAGCAGAUUAAUGGGAGAAAUAUGUGAACUUAAACAAGAACUAGAUCUCAGUAACAACUCUUUAGAGUCCUCAAAACAAAGAUACGGCAACUUGGAAAGAGAAUUUCAAAAGUUAAAAGAAGAACGAGAUUCGUUGCUGCAAACAGUCUCCGAAUCAUCGAAGAACAUAACGUUCCUAACCGAUCAAAAGGAAAACAUUUUGAAGGACUUGAACUGUGAAGUACAAAGAAGGAAAGAUCUGGAAGUAGAGAUUAAACAAUUCAGUGUUGCUUUUGCUUCACGGCAGAGAUCACUGGCGUCGAUUCACGGUGAGUUUAAAUCUAAAAUUGAGAAACUGAGAGCUGAAAAUCUAGUACGGUAUUAAAAUAAAUAAAUUGAUUUCAUUUAUCUCCUUGGGUAUUGGCAUGAGUGCUUGCCAUUCUUCUUUCAAUUUAUUCAAACUGUUUGUCUUUUAAUUUACAACUUGUUUAAACCUUAAUGAUGUUGGUAUUAUUGGAGAUACUGUAGUUGUCACCCGAACAUAUGUUUUAUAUAUAUAUGUAUGAUUAUUUCUACAUUUGGAAUUAA